AGAUCUCGUCGAAGCGCCCUCGAUAGCGUGACGUCUCCGAAAUCUUCUCUCAAAGUUUGAAAAAUCUGCCGAACGCUCCCAAGAAACUAUCGGCUCCGGGCCUUGCAGCACUUUCGCGCAGUUUUCCGAGAACUCUGAGGAGUUUGCCUGUAUUCCACCCAUCCGCGGCAUACCGUGAUUCCCGAAGCUUCCCCUUCACAAGACUCGCUUCCCAGAGGUUCGGAUCCUCGUAGAAAAUGGAGGACGUCCGGAGCAAGCUCAAGAAAUUCGAUAGUGCAUUCGCCCCCUACCCCCGCUCGAUGAAAUCCCGAAAAAUGAAUCGGCAGCACAAGGCGCAACGCAGACUUCUCGAGAGGAUUCACUUGACGACACCUGGAUCUUCUUGGAUGAUUGGGGAACCAUCUUGGACAAUCCGCCGGUCCCCAGGAAGAAGAUGGGGGGGAACAAUCUAGAACAGGGGCUACAGGCGUUGAAAAACUCGAGACAAGCCCUGAAGGAGGCCGAUGAAGCAUUCAGAGAAGCAACGGAAGCUCUGCACGAGUUCUGGAAAGUCAUGAACAAGUGGCAGGAAUUGCUGAGGGACAAAUCUGUGACCGCCCUUGAAGUGUCGGAGAGCCGCGUCACUAGAUUGGGUAAAGCUGUGCAAUGGCUGGGCAAAGUGCAAAAAGCGAUGAGAAAGGAAGUUGAUUUGAAGGUAAGCGAAAUCCUAUUCGGAGCGUCGUCAGCUGCCGAGAAUGCGCGGGCCGUCCUCGAGGAGACCGAACGAGCGAUGGGAGAUUUCAAGAACGAGGUGAGAGACGUAGCCCUCAGGUCGAUGAAAACGCUCCGUACAUCGGAAUUCGCGCUCAAAAGAUUGACCACAGCGAUGAACGAAACGAGAAGAUAUAAGGACCUGUUGAGAAGAGCUCGGAAGGAUGCGGAGACGAAAAUCGUUGAAGAGGAAGCCUAUCGAAACCAUCAAGACGAGGAGCCACUAAAAGAUAAGGAAGAGGCUCUGAAAUCAGCUGCGAAGAAUUUCAAAAACCUCUCGAAGAUGACGGAAGACGCGAGGCAGCACAUGGAAGACCUCACAAUAGAGACUGCGAUUUUGAAAGAUUCGCAGAGGAUGGCACCCGAAUUUUUCUCGGAUCUGCGGAGCGGAGGUCGUCGCGAGGGCUUGAGAUUUCAGGAGGGGGUGCAAGACAGUCUGAGGGCACUAGAAGCAAAGCUGGAGAUUUUUAGGGCAGCCUGGAGAACUCUGAACACGAGAGGAGAUCGGAUGGAGCGGCCAUUCAUAGAGUUGUACAUGAUCUUCCUCCGACAGCAGGAGAACAUCUCGCAGCUGACCCGUGAGCAGUGCAAAUUCGAAAUAGAUCGCGAUACGCGUGAGGAAUUCCGGAAAACUCCUGUGGAGUCCUUCCCCCAGAUCGAUAGAGGAAUGGAGCCUGAAUUCCCGCUCGAUGGGCGUCUCCUCAAACACGGGGGCCGCAAUUCAGACGGCUGGAGAGCACGGCGCAGUCAUGAAUACCCGAAAUUAUUCCCUGACGACAAGGUGAGCGAGAACCCGACCUCUCGCCAACAGAACUUGUCAGGUCAGCCGGAGAACUGAACUUUCACGGACAGAUACUACACACAUCGAGGCUCCGGAGAAGUCGAGGGGAGCGAAGCGACUUCUUCAUUUUCGAGGAGCCAUUAGGGAAAAUAGGUGCGAUAAUUCUACCCUAAAAUUGUGCUAAUGAAUGAUGGGAUUCACCGAUACCGACCAUGACCUAACCUUUUCCCAACGAUACUCUUAUAAUCUAAAUCGUGAAUCUUCGACGAGGACGAAAAUUUUUUGCGCUACCUAAGUCGCGCCUAAAUAAAGGACUGAAAGUAUUCUCU